AUAACCUCAUUCUCAUUUCAGUGGGGAUCUCGAACAACAAACCAGUAUCAGUACUGCGAGAACGAGAACGUGGAUGACUAUUCCGCUUUAGGACAGUCUGCAUCGCCACGGAUUAAGAAACGGCACUCAUCUGGUGAUCUAGGUAUCAUUCAUCGUGAGAAAUCAGAUGUUAUCGAUUCUAAGCUUCACUCUAAGGAUGAGCCUCUAUGUCGACAGACAACUGUUAGUGUAGUUGUGGACGACAGCAUCGAUUUCAUUGCGGCUGGUAUUGAGGCUAUUAUAGAGGACCAAGUGACGAGUCGUUUUCGAGCCGAGCAACUCUCUUCGUGGAAUCUUCUCACAAGAACGCGAUACUCGUUCCAGUACAUUAAUUGGAAGUUGACGGUUUUAUGGGCCACAGGGUUCCUGUUCCGAUAUUUGAUUCUCGUACCCAUUCGAAUAGUUUUAUUCCUGAUCGGACUGUCAAUCAUGUGUAGUGCCUGUUACAUUGCUGGAAUUAUUCCAAACCAAAAGGUCAAAAAAUUCAUCAGUCGCCAAGUGAUGCUCUUCUCAAUGCGUAUAUUUUCUCGUUCAUUUUCGAGUAUAAUUCGUUUUCAUGAUCAGGGAAACCGGGCGAAGAAAGGAGGAAUUUGUGUGGCGAAUCAUACAUCACCUAUUGACGUAAUGAUCUUGAGCUGUGACAAUUGUUACGCUAUGAUCGGUCAAAAGCAAGGCGGUUUACUUGGAUUUAUUCAAAAUGCACUAAGUCGCGCGGAACACCAUAUAUGGUUUGAACGAGGUGAGGCUGCGGAUAGAAGAAAGGUUUUCAGGCUGAAAGAGCACGUGGAGGACGAGAAUAAGCUGCCUAUUAUAAUAUUCCCUGAAGGUACAUGCAUUAAUAAUACUUCAGUUAUGAUGUUCAAGAAAGGAUCAUUUGAGGUUGGCAGCACAAUUUAUCCGAUAGCGAUGAAAUAUGAUAGUCGAUUAACGGACGCUUUUUGGAAUAGCAGUGAGCAGUCUUAUGGCGAAUAUUUAUGGAGAAUGAUGACUUCGUGGGCUAUAAUCUGUGAUGUCUGGUAUCUCCCUGCAAUGUCGAAAGAAGAAGGUGAAGAUGCUAUAGCAUUUGCCAGACGUGUGAAGCGUGCGAUUGCGAAGAAAGGUGGACUGGUAGACCUGGAGUGGGAUGGUGCUCUGAAGAGGGAACGAGUCUCAUCAAAGUUGGUCCAGCUGCAACAGAAGCUUUAUUAUGAUCGCCUUACAAGGACGACGACAAUUAAUAACCUUUCCCAGGAGGAUUUGAGGACAGACGUUUUGGAUAUUAUGCAGGUGAGAUGA